AUGUUUGUUAUGUUAUUUAGCAAAACAGGGAAGAAAAAGUAUCUCAUCAAUGAUGAACCGAAAGAAAUUAAACCAUAUCUGGAGAAGAAAAUUUAUGAGAAUUUUAGUUUAACAAAAGAAGAAAUAAAGGAGAUUGUUGUUCGUCCUGCUGGCAUGAAUAUCAACGAGUGGCUCGCUACUCACAGUAAGUAUUUCUAUACGUGUAUUUCUUUAGUGAUCGCUCACGUCCAGUCAAAUAUGUUGUUUGCACGUGAUUUAUAGUGUUUUUUUAGCAAUUUUCAUUUCAACUUUUUGGCUUACAUACGAAAACAGAUAUUUCUGACUUGUUUGACAUGAAAAUAAAAGAUUAAUGUUGAAAAUACUAAAAAUAACAAAUUAUUUCGCAUUGAUGCUUGUAUUUCGCAUUGUAUUAAUAAUCCAGCGUUUCUUUUAAUUUAUUUUUGUUGUUUGUUUUAUUGUGUUAAAACUUUUCAAAAUAGUCAACAACAACUCGUAACUGUUUUAUUAGGUUUAGCAUAAAACAAUACAUGUGAAUUGAGUUGAAUGACAGGACUUACAUAAGUUUCGGCAUCAGUUCAACUGUUCAAGAGUUCAUUGUUGUAGACAGUAUUAUUUCAGUCUGUGACACAACAAGUUGAAAAUUUUUAGCAUUAUAAAAGACAAAAUGGUGAACGUCAACACGUAAAAGACAAAACUACAGUAGUCAAUAACAUACGUACUGUUCGAAUUCUGAAAAAUUUAGGAUUAUAAUUGAAAAAGUGGCGCUUUGUUCCAAUAAUAAUACCGAGCCACGAAGAUUCCACGCGCGAGGAUGGCGCCUGAUCUAUAUAAAUGUCCAGACACACUGGGCGCGAUUCGACAACGCGACGCGAUUUUUCGAUUUUCACUGGCCGACAACAUUGAUCCUAGUUUAAACUUUCCAAAUAUUUAGAAGCGUUAUAACAUUUUGAGUUAUUUGGUGUACAUACCUUUUAAUUUUCCCUCAUUGACUGUUUUUUAAUUAUUAACUUUCAAAAACUAAAAAAUCGCGUCGCGUUGUCGAAUCGCGUCCGGUGUGUCUGGACCCUAAAUUGUGUUUUUUAAAUGGUACUAAUUAUAUCUGUAGGGAGCUACCUUAAAGGGAAAUGGCAAUAUAUUUUUUUAUUUUCUCGUUUAAAAGAACAUUUAAAACCAUAUAUAAAACUCUUUUACCGUUUUUUCAUAUCUUGCUUACUUCUACAAAUAUUUUAAUCGAAAGAAAUGAAAUGUCCGCCAUCUUGGAUUUUUGUAGAUAUGCAUGUUACGUCACAACAGGGGUCAUGCAAUAUUUUUAUCUAGACAACCACUGAUCAUUUUGCACUAAAAAUUAUACUCCGUAUGCCCUUGGAAAUAUCAAGGUCAGUUGAAACCUUUAAAACAUCUACCAAUCAAUAUUUGGUCAACAACGAAUACUUUUAUAUGGUUAAUCCCUGUUGUGACGUCACCAAAACUACCGUUAAUGAGAUAAAAAAAUUAUCCAAGAUGGCUGACAUCUCAUUACUUCAAGUGAAAAUAUUUCAAGAACUAAGCAAGAUAUGAAGAAUCGGUAAAAGAAGUUAUUAAAUAAUUUCAAAAGUUCUUUCAAAUGCGAAAAUAAAAAAAUAUAUUGCCAUUUCCCUUUAAGCGGACACCUUCUAGACCAAAUUGGACGAGAGAGUAUACGAUUACGUAUUGAUGAUAUUCAUGAAAAGCAUUGCUAACAAGCAUUAUUUUUCAGUCUGUGUGCUCCUUUUAUUAAAGUUAAAUUCACGUACGAUUUUCAAUUUAAAGUGUACAAAAUGUCGUCGAAAAAAUGAAAAUUUACAUUAUUUUUAUCUGCCGCCUAGUUGAUUUCUCCUGCCUCGUUUCCAGGCUCUGUUCUUGUUUUGUUAAUUUGCACUGCAGAAAUUGACCUUAUGCAUAAUAACGUCACAAGGCUUGAUGCCCGCGAGGAGUGCUGGUCUUAGUAGUCAUCGAUCGCCCAGGAAAAUUUCCAUAGUGGCCAUUUUGAAUUGUUUAAUUUUCCCGGGCGAUGACUACUAAGACCAGCAUUCCUCGCGGGCAUCAAGCCUUGUGACGUCAUUAUGCAUAAGGUCUAUUGCACAGUGUGCACUGCUCUUAGCAAAUCAGAAUCGAGUAAUUCAUGUAUGUUAUUGGUAUUUGUGUAAUGUUGCCUUUCUUUAUUUUCUUUUUGAGCAUUAACACUGUUCAACAGCAUCAAUCAAAUUUAUGGAGCAAUUACAGAGUUUUGUACUGCGACCACAUGUCCAAGCAUGACUGCUGGUACAGUGUAAGUACACUUUUGCUGUUUAUAUAAAGAGCGUUUAUACUUAUUUGUAAACAAGUUGGUCUGAUGAUGAUUCUGUACUAGAAUCAAAACAUAACCAUAUAACCACACAGGGCUCGGAUAGAGAAAAAAAUAUGGCCUGCCUGGCUAAAAAUUUAUUUCAUCUGCCAAAAAAAAUUUAGACUGCCAAAAUGGCAAUGUCUCAUAUGAGUCAUAUUGUAAAAAUAGGUACGCUAGGCGUACAUGUAUCUGCGCAAAGGAAUUCCAUGGUUGCUAUAAAAAAAAUUAAUUCACAAUUAUUGAGUAAACUGCUGGCUAUAUAGUGAAUAAGAAAAAAUAUGCUAAAUUAGACAAAACACAACCCGACCCGCGUUUCAUUUUCCGCAUGCAGCGUCUAUACCGUAUACGCUAACGGCAAGCUCGGUAAAAGCUAGCGCAAACAAUUUUUUUAUAUUUAAUUAUAAUCACUAUAUAGCCGGCAGUUUACUAAAUACCCGACUGCCAGCUAUAUACUAGUCACUUUGUUUAUAUUUGACAAAAAAUGUUCAGAUUGCAGUCUCUUCUCUACCGCAAUCAACUGUCAGAAAACCACCACUGUUAAUUUAUAAUAAAAACAGAUUAAGAGUUAUUUAUGAAAUGGUUACAAAAUUGCUGAGGUAAAUACUGUACCCACAUUUAAUGUAUGCCGUAUGGUAAAUGAAAAAAAUGCAUACAAUCUGUAAAGAAAUUUUAUUAACUUUAACUCAGCUUAUGAAGCAAUCCUAUAAUCCAAACAUGUCCUGUGACUAAUGCACCACAUGACAAAAUCUUAACGUAACAUAAUAAUUCUAAAUGCUGUGACUAUAUAAAAUGUACCGUAUAUAUAUAUAUAAACAACAUUUUGACAUCCCAUACAGUAUACAUUAAUUAUGAAUAGACAGUCGAUAUUAUUAAAAGCAUGCACGGUCACUCACGAAAAAGCUUUACGAUGUUACUUUGGGCAGUCUUCUAGGAACAAAAACUUUUUUUAUCGGAGAAUUUUGACUUAUAUACAUAGCCAGGGCAAAAUAAAUACCUCGUCACUCUGCAGAAAGCCGCCAUCUUUGUUUUACUGCCUGUUCGCAGGCGUACAGCCCUAAUUAGUCGACCUGAGUGUUUAACGCACGCACGCGUGCACACACAACUCGAUAGCAUGGUAUCUAGCGCUACGCGCAGAUACAAAAAUCAAUGUUUUCAUGAUAUGCAUUUUAUUAUUUUUAAACUUGUCUAUUUUACUACAGUAAACUUGGAUUUGCAUUUCAAAUCUAAACGUAUUUAGUCAACUAAAUGAUCUAGUAUGUAUGAGUUGUGAUAAGCAAAUGAAAUGAAAUGUAUCUAUAGGAUUUCACCUGCAAUUUUUUUGACUUGGCAGUUCAAAUUUUUUUUUGCCUGACAUUUCUAAAAUAUGGCCUGCUUUUGGCCAUUGGCAGCCCGCUAUUUCGAGCCCUGUAACCAUGCACAUAUUGUUUUAGUCCAUAUCUAGGAUCUGAAGAUGUUUUCAUUUGUCCGUUAGCCAUCAAACUAUGGGGCUCGCUCAGGCUCGCCCCAAUUAAAUAUUUGUGACAAUGCCAACAUGGUAAAUUAAAUAAACAUUAUGCGAAUUACGUAUUGUGAUCAUUAUUUGGCGACUCUCUUUUCGAAAACACCUGGGAUAUACAGUAUAAGGCUUGCAAGCAGGGCAGGAAAAAAGAAUUUUCUUCCUGGGAGCACAACCUGCAUGAGACAACAAUCUUCUGCAGACCAAUGGAGUAUUUUUGUUUUGAAUCUUCAUGUGCAUGCAUAAACUUAUAGUGUUCUAGCUGACCAUGGUUGUAAAUUCAAGGAAUAAUGUCUGUCAACCAUAUCUGUAUGUUGUUGCGCCCAUAAUGGGUCAUAGGUGUUAAGGUUUCCUUCAAAUUUUCAAUAGCAAAUCUUCAUUCAAACGAAUUUCCUGCAGCUGUUUAACAUUUCCUGCGAGCACUAGUGCUCGGCUCGCCUAUUUUUUCCACCCCUGCUUGCAAGUAGCUAAGGGAAUGCAUGCAUAGUUUAUAUUAGCAUUCCGUUCCAAAACGUUUAGCCACAUGCAAUUAUUAUACAUUGUAUAGUUGGUAAAAGCAAUUUGAUUGGCUAAGAGCUUACAGUUAAAUCACGCAAUCUACACAAAAUACAGUUAUCUGCUAGCAGAUAACUGAGUUAUCUGCAAAUGAGCCUGCAAUGAUUAGCAAGCGGUAUCUAUUUACCACAAACAAAGGAUAACUAGCAAAGCAAACUUUUGAACAAACGUAGAAAAAAUGUGAAUAUGGAUAGGUUUUCAUAAAUAAAGUUUUUCAUGCGUUAAUACUAUGUUUAUUAUUCUUCAAAUGUAUAAUAAAACAAUUAUUGAAUUCGGUUGUUGCGAUAUGCAAAAUUAUCAAGGUCUCGGUAAGCGUUAUCAGCCUCGCCUUCGGCUCGGCUGAUAACGCUUACCUCGACUUUGAUAAUUCCGCAUAUCACAAAAACCUUAUCUAAUGAUAUUUUUUGUACUAAUAUUACUUACAAUAUUUUUUGCUAAAUUUUCAAACGGAGAAUUGCUAACAGAUUGUACAAUUUCGCUUUUUCCUAGCAUAUACAGUUGGUAUGGGCGCAAAGGCAAAAUAUCAGCACCACAAUAUAUUGACUUGGUGAUGACACAUAUACAAAAACAUGUUGAAGAUGAAUCUUGUUUACCGUCAAAAUAUGGUAAGAUUGAUGCGCGUUUAUUUGAUUGGGGAUGCAGGUAGCUCAUGCAUGGGAAUGGGAAAUACAAAUUGCUAUGCCGUUGACUGUAUUGCAAUGAGAGACGUUUUUCUAAUAUGUUGUGAACCAGUUGGAAAUGAAAAAAGCCUGAGAAUAUUCAGUUUCAGGCUCAAAAUGAAGUGUGGUUAGUAAAAUAAAUGUUUCUCAAAACUGUAGCAAUCGAUAUUCCGAGCGGAAAACGAAGUUGUGUUAAAAAUAUAUUUCAUAUUUAUUUCUAUUCGCUUAUUCAAAUUUGAAUUUUCUAACCGUUUAUACCGCUGUAUAUAAAGACUAGCGACCUUAAGCAUGUAGGACGGGAAGUGAACGCGACGGCGACGGCAAACGAACUCGUUGAACCAAAUGAUUGCACAAAAAGACAUGCGUCUAUUAUCCAUCGUAUGAAAAUAAUACAGUUCAAGGAUCAAGAUUAACACAGGGUUUAUGACUGAAAAAACUUCUAGGACCCAAUUUAAAAUAGCACGUGGCGACGUCUAAAACAUUCGUGCCUUCGUGGGAUUUUGUUGAAUUGAUUUUGCAUGUUCGUAUCUGACAAAGCUGUUUCAAAUUCAUUAAUGUUGCGUUUUGAACAAUUCAACGUCACAUUUUACUGAUUUCUAACGCCUUCUCUUAUAAUCAGUAUUUAGUGCUUCAAUUUGCUGAUACAUGGCCUUGAAUGUCCUUAAAAAGUCCUUGAAUCUGACUCUAUCUGAAUCUGACUCUACGCACCCUGAUAUAAUCAAGUAGUAUAUUAUACAGUAUGCGUUAUACAGGGUGUAUCAAAAAAAGCGCAAUCCUCGACUGAAAUGUAAAUUGCUAAACAAAUAAUAGAUGAAAACGUUAAAGUUUACAUUCAUUUUAAAGCGUAGCCAUUCAGCUUUCUAACAGUGGGUUGUUUCUUAAAUUUGACUCAUUGGUUCGCGGAUAAUAAUACUUUACGUUAUUGCGAUUGGAGAUUAAAAAAAUUGAGAUGGAAUAACAAAUCGUUCUCAUGAAAAUAACUGAUUUUUUCAUUAAAACAAACAAAUGUUGCAUUUUAUUAAAUGGAUUGUAACAAUAAGUAUAAUUACGGCUUUUCUUCCAUUAUUUUUAACUCAGUUUGAAACUUCAAAUGCGAUAUAAUUUUGGCUUGGACCAUCUAAACUGACUGACAUCAACUUGCUAUAAUUUCUGUUUACAUUACAUCGCAAUUCGAUGACACUCUGGCUCAGACACCAGAAUGUUUUGACGAUUUUUAGCAUUCGUUUAGGAUUUUCAAACAACCUGGUCUUUUUUAAAAUACUUUUAAUUUGUUCUUACGUGGUUUUCCAGUUGUAGUGACGACAACAUUAAAGUUUAAAGAAGAAAAUUCUAACAUUUAAACCGACUAAACAAUAACACAGUAAACUUGCAUAUUUAAACAGCAACUAAAAAUGAUAGGUUUUACUAAAUCUUUUCUUGUGCAAUUAUUACUAGCAUUGGAGACAAGGAUAAUAGUUUGUUUGAAAGAGAAAAGAACAGGCUUUGAAGUAAGCCUAAAAGCGUUCAACUAGAAAUAGUAUUUCGAAAGUUAUUAAGCACAAAAGAUGCAUUGCGUUUAUUUUGAUACACCCUGUAGUUUUGAGCGCGUGUCAUUUCACAUUCAGUUUUCAUUCUGUAGGUUCAAAAUUUCCCGCUAGUUUUGGUACAUCGGUAAAGAAAUUCAUCAAGCUAUUGCUUCAUGUUCUUGGACAUUUAUACUACAGUCAUAUUGAAGAUGUCAGUGAAUUGCAGCUUCUUCCUUAUUUAAAUACAGUUUUUAUUCAUUUAAUGUAUUUUGAUAACAAAUUUUCGUUACUAGAAGCCAAAGAUACUGUUCCUUUAGACGAUCUAGCUCAAGCUAUGAACUUGAAUCUUGAGCCAAAACAAAGUUAAAAUAAUUAGAAAACGAAUAAUAUAUAUUCUAAUCUUAUAAAGAAUGGUGCAAUAGUGCUGUGUUGUUCACUGUAUAUAUGCUACUAUAAAUAUAUUAUACAUUAAUAAAUGCUAUGCUGCCCUUAAGGCUAAUAAUGAUGUGGUCGCAAGAUUACAGUGAUUUACAACCUGUAUUAUAAUUGGGGGCUGUAUCAUCCUCGCUCCCAGGGCCUCUCGGCCGCGCGCGAUCUUCAUAGGCCUUGGGACACACGGAAGCGAAUGUGCAAGAAAACUUGUAGUAGUCUCUAAAGCGCAUGCUCUACAAUUGGGACGCUUUAGCACCCGUAAUAAUUUUCAC